AAAUUGGGCCUCGCCACUUUGGGGUUAUCGACGUUAUCGACUGUCGCAUUUUCGCGCGGAGCGAAAUUUCCAAGUUUGCCCAACUGUUGAAACCGACAAUUCCUCGGCGGAGGUUACUCCGGAUGACUCGACUCGGGGAUGACGUUGGUUUAAGCUCGGCGAACGUCGCGUAACGCGUGAAUGGCCUUUACUCUGGCGGGUGCUGCUUCGGACGAGCGCGCUCACUGACUCUUUCCACCCACGUGCUUAUUAGUGGUCUUACACGAGACGCGCGCGGAACGCCCGAUCGGAAGGGAUCGACAAUGGGCGCGAUUUUGCGGCUGUUUCUGCUCGCCGGCGUCCUGGUGGAGGCCCUCGCCACGGAAUGGAACACGCAGGACUACAUGAAGCGGGAGCAUUCUCUGAUCAGGCCGUACCAAGGCACUGGUAUGACGAUACCUUACUGGGACUUCAUGGGAAGUACGAUGGUGACUAACAGUUACAUUAGAUUAACUCCUGAUUUACAAAGUAAACAAGGUGCCUUAUGGAAUUCUGUGCCAUGCUACAUAGACAAUUGGGAACUGCAAAUUCAAUUCAAAGUACACGGAAAAGGAAAGGAUUUGUUUGGAGAUGGUUUUGUCAUUUGGUACACCAAGGAAAGGAUGAAAUCCGGUCCAGUGUUCGGGAGUCAGGACUACUUCCAAGGAUUAGCAGUGAUACUUGACACAUACAGCAAUCAUAAUGGUCAACAUAACCAUCAACAUCCUUAUAUCUCGGGAAUGGUUAACAAUGGAUCUCUGCAUUACGAUCACGAUCGCGACGGCACUCAUACUCAACUUGCUGGAUGUGAAGCUAAAUUUCGAAACUUGGAACACGAUACGCACAUAGCUGUACGAUACGAAAGAGACGUCCUAACCGUCUCCACGGACCUUGCCAACAAAGCAGCAUGGAAACAAUGCUUUCAAGUGUCUGAUGUUAAGCUUCCAACUGGAUAUUAUAUUGGAAUUUCUGCUACCACGGGUGAUUUGUCUGACAAUCAUGACAUAUUGUCAAUUCGUUUUUAUGAACUAGACCUACCAGAUGAUCCUAAGCCUUUUGAAGACAGAUCAAAAAUUGUGCCAUCAGCAGCAUUCUACGAUGCACCAAGAGAACGUGUAGAAGAUCCGAAACAAUCUAGCAUGAGUGGAAUAAAACUUUUCCUACUGAUGUUAGUCGGUGCACUCGUGUUAAUAGUGUGUGUUGUCAUUGUCAUUAUGCUUUAUCAGAAGCAUCAGGAAAAUAGCAGAAAGCGAUUUUACUAAGUCAGGAUUUAGAUUGCGUGUGUGUGGCUUGUGCGUUGCAGCUUACCGAUUUCUCCUUUAUCCGAAAUUUUUCAUUUGUAAGAUGUAAGUUGUAAUAUGCUCAUAAGACUGUCUUUAUUUGGUUUUCUUUUUUUUUUUUGUUAUGAAAAUUAGUAUAAACCUUUUCCUUUGCGUGUAAGAAUAAAAAGUCUUCAGGGUAAAGGAGAGACGUGCGUGCGUGUGUAUUUAAGUAUUCUAAUGAUACUGAUUCCAAUAUUUACAGAAUGUUGUUCCAUUGGAUUAACUGUCGAUGUCAUUGAUUGGGCUCAAUGUACAUUUAUCUGAUUUUAUAAUAGUCAGUAAAAAUAUGUAUUUAUUACAGUUCCUUUACCAAAGUUCUUGAAAUACCACGUCGAAUUUAACGAAAUAAGUCUUUUUUUUACAUAAUUGACUUCUAAAAAAAUAUGUAGGAUGAGAAGACGUAAUGAAUGUAUUAUGACGUGUACAUUGUUAACUAUAUUUAAGAAAGGUCUUGGAAAAAUUCGUAUAUUAUAUGUAUUAAUUUCAAGCCAUAUGCAAAUCAUACACAAGCUUUUUGCGGUAAUAUAUACUUUUUCCAGAACCUUUUUGGCUAGGUUGGAACCAUAAAUUAAUUCUAAAGUCCAGUGAUUUUAACUACUUAAGGAUAUAUACAUCACAGAUAAAAGGGAUAUUGUUUAACUAAAUAAGGUAUAGAAAUUAAACAGAAUUUCUAUUUCUAUGCAAUUUUUUUUUUGCACAUUGAAUAAUUAUUUUCGUAUACAAAUUAUAGAUACAGAAAAGACUUUAUUAACAUAGAUUUUAUAUUUGUACAUAAGGAAAAUUAAUGUAUUCGAAACUCUCAUAUUGCAUAAAGUUUGUGAUGGAGAUUAUUUGCAGAUUAUAGAUUUGCAACUCUAAACAAAUUAUUGGCCAUAUAAAUUAUGCUGUGUUAGAGUGAUAUCUAAUAUCGCAUGAAAGUAUAUGCAAUGUGGGGGAUUCUACUGUAUCUCAGUAUAAAAUAAUUACAUAGUAAAAUUCUGUACUGUAAUCUUUUUAUAUGGAAACUAAGAAAAAGGGAACCAAACCGUUUAAUAAACUUGUCUUGUUAUCGACAUGAUGUUAUCAUUCGACACAAUAAAUGUAUCAUGUUGCCAAAUACAAAAUGAAUAAAUAAAUCUAUAAUUCUGAA